GUGUGUCCGUUAGCCUGUUGGAAGCUAAGCCUGGAGAUUCAGUCAGCUACUUGAAUGAGGAACGCAGCAGCUGUCGCAAACAGCACGGACGUCUGCAGGGCUUUUAUUUGAGUCAGCGCCAUGGCUGGCUUCCGGCAAGAGGAUGUGGAGCUGUACUAUGAGAUGGGAGAGGAGCUGGGCAGCGGACAGUUCGCCAUCGUCCGAAAGUGCAAAGAGAAGAGCACGGGUAUUGAAUAUGCAGCGAAAUUCAUCAAGAAGCGCCGGCUGUCGUCCAGCCGACGCGGGGUAAGCCGCGAGGAGAUCGAGCGCGAGGUCAACAUCCUGCGGGAGAUCCAGCACAGCAACAUCAUCACGCUGCAUGACAUCUUUGAGAACAAGACGGACGUGAUCCUGAUCCUGGAGCUGGUGUCAGGCGGGGAGCUGUUUGACUUCCUGGCCGAGAAGGAGUCUCUGACCGAGGAGGAGGCCACGCAGUUCCUCAAGCAGAUCCUGGAUGGCGUCCACUACCUCCACUCCAAACGCAUAGCUCAUUUCGACCUCAAGCCUGAGAAUAUCAUGCUGCUGGAUAAGAACGUUCCCAAUCCCAGGAUCAAGCUCAUAGAUUUCGGGAUCGCUCACCAGAUCAAAGCUGGAAACGAGUUCAAGAACAUCUUUGGGACUCCAGAGUUUGUCGCGCCGGAAAUAGUUAACUAUGAACCUCUGGGCCUGGAGGCAGACAUGUGGAGCAUCGGGGUGAUCACAUACAUUCUGCUGAGCGGCGCAUCACCGUUCCUCGGCGAGACCAAGCAGGAGACCCUGACCAACAUAUCUGCUGUCAAUUACGAUUUUGACGAGGAGUAUUUUAGCAGCACCAGCGAGCUGGCCAAGGACUUUAUACGCCGACUGUUGGUCAAAGAUCCAAAGAAGAGAAUGACGAUUGAUGACAGUCUGGAGCAUCCAUGGAUUAAGGUCAUCAAAAGACGAAAUGUGCGCCAGGAGGACAGGGAUCACAAAGUGGAGCGCCGGCGCCUGAAGACCACUCGGCUGAAGGAGUACACCAUCAAGUCCCACUCCAGCAUGCCGCCGAACAACACCUACGUGAACUUUGAGCGGUUCUCCCAGGUGCUCGAGGAGAUUGCUGCAGCCGAGGAGGGGCUGAAGGAGCUGGAGCGCAACCAGCGGUCCUGCCAGGAGGAUGUGGCAGCGCUGCUGUCCAUCUACGAGGAGAAGGAGGGCUGGUACAAGGAGGAGAACCAAAGCAUUUCUGCCGACCUGAGCCACAUCCGCCAGGAGCUGCAGCGCACACAGAGCCAACGCAAGAAGUGCCAGGAGGACGCCCGGCUCACCAUGCAGUCUGCCAACAGCCUCAAGCGCAAGUUUGGGCGGCUGGAGAACCGCUACGACGCGCUGGCUGAGCAGGUGGCCUCUGAGGUCCGCUGGGUGGAGGAGCUGCUCAAGUCCAUGACCGCCGAGAAGGACUUGCUGGGAUCCAGCAGCGUGCCCUGAGCUGACCGCCGAUGUUUUCUUUCUAACGCUUCAUCCCGCCCUUCUGCUCCGCUUGUGGUCAGAGGAGAUGAAUGAAUCAGUCAUCUCCACAUGCUUUGCUGCUGCUGCUGCUGCUGCUGCUGCUGCUGCUGCUUAUUGGAAAAAUCUUCCACUAUUUUUAUCCCAAAGGAGAGGAUGAGAAACUAGGAGGCAAACAUUGCAGCCACUUCCAUGGAAGAAGGCUCCUUUCUGUUUUUAUACUUUAACUUAUUUUACAUCUUUUUAUGUACUGUAACUCAGCUGUUCCUUCACCAUUUUGGUGAGAAACAAAAUUAAAAGCUUUUUUUUUUUUUUUUGAUUCUUAGUCUGUUUUAUUAUAUUAGCAGCUAGCUUUCAUUUUAACCCUUUCUGUUCCAGUUACAGACCACUUUAUUUGGAAUGACUUUACAAUAUUUUUUGCUUUAUAGGCUUCUUAGGGGUUCGGGGGUAUUUAUUCAUGCAGUUACAUGCAUGGUGGGUUUAAUAUUCUAAAAAGGGGGUCUGGACUGUGUGUCAAUGCAAUAAAUAUAAAGCCUCAGUCCAGAAAAUAAAGCUUUUAGGUAGCACUGUAAUUUAAGUUAGAUCACCUGCUAAAAAUAGAAUAGAUUGGACUUUUUAUUUUUUUUAUAUACACAUUAUGUUGUACAUCUCAUUGGUGCCAAAUGAUUUUAUUUGAGCAGGUAAUAGGUUUGAAUUUACAGCAAGUGUUCUAGUAAAGUGUUACCUGAUUUGGGGAACGUAUAAAUUAGCCUUUGCAGUGCCUGAAAACGGAUCAACCUCAUUGCGAGCAUCUAGCUGCCAUCAGCGUACAGUCAUUUCAAAUUCCUAUUAAGAAAACGCUGAUAGUCUUAAAAUGCAAGACGUUUUGCACAGUAGCCUUGUAAACCAAACAGUUUGCAUGGAAACCCGUAUUUCUUUAGAUUGUAAGUGAACAUUCAUCCGGGCACACUUCAGACAUUCCAUCGACGAGUUUUACAUCCAGCUACCACAUUCCCUUUGCUUACCAGGAAAGGUAUGUUUUUCUUUGUAGUCUGUAGGAUGUUUCAUUAGAGAAAUGUACUCGUUUGCACUUAGAAAGCAGUUUCAGAAUCUAUUUUAACUUGUAUGCUGACUAAGAAACUGUAAAUCUGACUGAAACUCUUUCAAAUAAAGAAAA